CGAUAACACGGAACUGAUAUUUUCUCGAAGGCUCGCAGAACGCUAGCGCGAAUGAAUCCCUCUCCGAACUCCACCGCCGGCAACGGCGGCCUCUCCGCCAUCACAGGAGCCACCAUGGCGGCCGGAAACGCCCUCACUUCCACCACCAACGCCUACAGCAGCGCCGCGGCCGUCGCCGCCGCCGACCCAGCCGCUGACUCGUCGCAGAAUCUCAAACAGGUCAUCCACUCCGUCGACAAGACCCUCGGCCUCCUCCACCAACUCUACCUCACCGUCUCCUCCUUUAGCGUCGUUUCUCAACUCCCCCUCCUCCAACGCCUAAACGCCCUUGUUGCUGAUCUUGACACGAUGCAGAAGCUGGCUGAGAACUGCGACAUCCAGGUCCCGAUGGAGGUGGUGAAUUUGAUUGAUGAUGGGAAGAACCCAGACGAGUUUACGAGGGAUGUUCUCAACAAUUGUAUUGCCAAGAACCAGAGUACCAAAGGAAAGACUGAUGCUUUUAAGAGCUUGCGGAAGUACCUUUUAGAGGAGCUUGAACAAGCUUUUCCAGAUGAAGUGGAAAACUAUAGGGAAAUACGUGCAUCUUCUGCUGCUGAAUCAAAACGGAUGGCUCAGUCACAGAGUGUUUUACCCAAUGGAGACGUCAAAGUAAAGACAGAGCAUUAAGUUCUCUUGAAUCUCAAGGAUACAUUAUCAGAAUAACAAUAACGAGUAUAUCUAAUGACAUUGCUAUCAGCUCGCUGAAAAAAAAAAAGAAGAAAUCUCCAUUAUUCUCUGUUCGCAGUCAUGUGGAAUCGAAUUUCAUUUCAGCUAUCCUGUUUAAGCCUUAUUUUAUGGAAAGAUCACGGGGAUGAAAAUCUUAUAGAGGUUCCCACUAUACAUUAAUCCUCGCAAUGAGAUAUAUCAAAUGUUGUUUCCUGUCCAA